GUACCGUGGAGAUCUUAUAUCAAUGGAGUUUAAUUGCCUCUUCUGGGUUGAUGGAAACCGUGUAGCUCGUUGGAAAGAAUGCCUUUACUCAAACGAUUUUGAUGGUAAAGAUUCAGUAACAGUAUGGUAUACUGUACCUCCCCAGGGUGGGCAGCAGGAUAUUAUAUUGGGGCAUAUGACUCAUUAUACAAUCAAAUGUUUUCAACUGAUUAUGUAA